AUGUCUUAUUCGAACGUGGCAGUUCGCUUUUUUACUGCGCCAAAACCACUCGGUAGUGCGAUGGAUCCUGACGCUAAACAGUCAGAUCUGUCGGGACAUACGGUCAUGAGACCGAAUGUCUCGGCUGAUCAGCCUGAAUCCAAGGCUGUGGAGACACAUACCCCGAAGCCACAGGGCUUGACGUUUGCUAAUCAAGAUUCAUUGCCGAAACUUCCUAUCCCUGACUUGGAGGAUACGUGCCGCCGGCAUUUGGAGGCUCUUGUUGCUUUGCAAACUCCAAGGGAACAUGAGGAAACCAAGGCGGCCGUCAGAGACUUCCUGAAGACUGAUGGACCUGUCCUUCAAGAAAAGUUGAAAAACUAUGCUUCUUCGAAAACCAGCUUUAUUGAGCAGUUCUGGUAUGACUCGUACUUGAAUUUCGAUAGCUCUGUCGUCUUGAAUCUUAACCCGUUCUUCCUGUUGGAGGAUGAUCCGACACCUGCUCGCAAUAACCAAGUUACUCGCGCUGCGUCCUUGGUUGUUUCAUCUCUGGCUUUUGUGCGUGCUGUCCGAAAAGAAGAGCUUCCACCUGACACUGUGCGGGGGACACCCCUGUGUAUGUAUCAAUACUCUCGACUCUUCGGAACAGCCCGCCUUCCCACCGAUAAUGGCUGCGUCAUCAGUCAAGAUCCAGCGGCAAAACAUGUCGUCGUCCUGUGUCGAGGCCAGUUCUAUUGGUUUGAUGUCCUGGAUGACAACAGCGAUCUCAUUAUGACUGAACGUGACAUUGCGCUCAAUUUGCAUGUCAUCGUGGAUGACGCAGCCCAGACACCGGUUCAAGAAGCUGCUAAAGGCGCCUUGGGUGUUCUUAGUACAGAGAACCGAAAAGUCUGGUCAGGUCUACGGGACAUAAUGACCAAGGAUCCUUCUUCGAAUAAUGCCGAGUGCCUCAAUAUCGUUGACACCGCGUUAUUCGUGCUCUGUCUCGAUGACACCGAACCUUCAAACACCGGAGAGCUUUGCGCAAACAUGCUGUGCGGUACUAGCGAGGUCAUCAAGGGCGUACAAGUAGGCACUUGCACAAACCGAUGGUAUGACAAAUUGCAGAUCAUCGUCUGCAAGAACGGAAGCGCUGGUAUCAAUUUUGAGCAUACAGGCGUCGAUGGACACACAGUCUUGCGAUUCGCCAGCGAUGUCUACACCGACACGAUCCUUCGUUUCGCAAAGACAAUCAACGGUCAAGCCCCAAGUCUCUGGACAACAUCUAGCCCCGACCCAGCCAAGCGUGACCCCCGCAGCUUCGGAAACGUCUCUACAACCCCACGCAAGUUGGAAUGGGACAUGGCCCCCGAGCUCAGCAUCGCCCUCCGUUUCGCCGAAUCCCACCUCUCAGACCUCCUCCACCAACAUGAGUUCCAAGUCCUCGACUUCGAGGGCUUCGGCAAGAACUUCAUCACAUCCAUGGGCUUCUCCCCAGACGCCUUCGUACAAAUGGCUUUCCAGGCAGCCUACUACGGUCUCUACGGCCGCGUCGAGAAUACCUACGAACCAGCAAUGACGAAAGUCUUCCUCCAUGGCCGUACAGAAGCGGUCCGCACCGUAACACCCGAAUGUCUAGACUUCGUCCGCACAUUCUGGGGUGAUAAUCCUGCCGAGAAAAAGAUCGAUGCCCUCCGCACAGCGACUCAGCGCCACACAGCUAUCACAAAAGACUGCUCAAAGGGCGAAGGACAAGACCGCCACUUAUACGCAUUGUACUGUCUCUGGCAACGCUCCUUCGACGACGGCCUCUUCCACGAUAACAGUUCCGUCGAAUACUCCAGUCCAAGCGAAAGCCUCGAUUCACCCAAACUUUCUGCCGUCUCAGACGACGGUUUGCCUUCCCCCGCCAGCGGUAGUAGCCGCGGCUACAGAUCCGCUUCCCCACCCACCACACCAGCGAUCUUCAGCGAUGCAGGCUGGGACAAGAUAAACAAUACCAUUCUUUCAACCUCGAACUGUGGAAACCCUUGUCUGCGCCAUUUCGGUUUCGGUCCCACAUCCGCCGACGGAUUUGGAAUUGGCUACAUCAUCAAAGAUGAAACUAUUUCCUUCUGUGCGUCUUCGAAACACAGACAAACAGCUCGCCUAAUGCAGACGCUCGAGUCAUACCUAUUUGAGAUCCGAAAACUUCUCCGUACUGCGAACCGCAAAACGACCAGCCCUCGGACAAGCCGUGCCCGUGAGACAGAGGCAUUAGCCGAGCGGUUCCACGCCGAAUCCCAGCGCCGAGGUAGAAUAGUCUAUGGUGAUAACCGUGGUGCUGAGACGCCUGCUACGACCACUGACAGUGCUGAGAUAGAUGAUGAUGGAAUGGGUGGAUAUGGGUUCUUCGAUGCUGGAAUGCUGCUUCAUGCGCUUAAAGGUGUGAGUGCUGAGCGGGAUCAGAGGUUUGCGCCUGAGAAGAGGAGGUUCGUUGGAAAGAAGUUGCAUCUUAACGAGUAUUGA